ACGCUGAAACUGAAACCUGCAGCGGAGUCUGUUUUUCCCAGACAGACUCGACGUGGGUCUCGCAGCCUCCGUCCAGACACAGAACCGCAGCAGUUCGUCCGAACUCCGGGAAACGUCUUUGUUGACCUGCAGGCCUGAAAACAAUCCAAGAUGGCGGCGGGUCCCGCUGCUCUGAGUCCAGUGAAACACGCUGCGGCUGCUUUUCUGCUCUCCUGGGUUAAAUAAACCACCUUACAUGCAAGAAUGGACGCCGUCGGGGAGGACGCGCCUGAUCCGAUAAAGCUCAAGUCCGUGAAGGACUACAAAACGUUCACCGUGCCUCAGAACGACCGGUUUGGGAGCUGCCGAAGCGUCCGAGAGUUCGAGAAGCUGAACCGGAUCGGAGAAGGAACGUACGGCAUCGUCUACCGAGCCCGCGACACCAAGUCUGACGAGAUCGUAGCGCUGAAGAAGGUCCGCAUGGACAAAGAGAAAGACGGGAUCCCCAUCAGCAGCCUGAGAGAGAUCACGCUGCUGCUGAGGCUCAGACAUCCCAACAUCGUGGAGCUGAAGGAGGUGGUGGUGGGCAGCCAGCUGGAGAGUCUGUUCCUGGUGAUGAGCUACUGUGAGCAGGAUCUGGCCAGUCUGCUGGAGAACAUGCAGACGCCGUUUUCUGAGGCUCAGGUGAAGUGCAUCGUCCUGCAGCUGCUCAGAGGUCUGGAGUAUCUCCACCACAACUUCAUCAUACACAGGGACCUGAAGGUGUCUAAUCUGCUGAUGACAGACAAAGGCUGCGUUAAGAUCGCGGACUUCGGCCUGGCCCGGAUGUACGGCAUCCCCCAGCAGCCCAUGACUCCCAGAGUGGUGACGCUGUGGUACCGAGCUCCAGAGCUCCUCCUGGGCACCAAGACCCAGACCACGGCGCUGGACAUGUGGGCGGUCGGCUGCAUCCUGGCGGAGCUUCUGGCCCACAAGCCUCUGCUGCCGGGGACCUCUGAGAUCCAGCAGGUGGACCUGAUCGUCCAGCUGCUGGGGACGCCCAACGAGAACAUCUGGCCGGGCUUCUCUCAGCUGCCGCUCAUCGGUCAGUACAGCCUGAGGAAGCAGCCGUACAACAACCUGAAGAACAAGUUCACCUGGCUGUCUGACGCAGGACACCGGCUGCUCAACCUGCUCUUCAUGUACAACCCACAGCGCAGAGCGACCGCCAAAGACUGUCUGGAGAGCUCCUACUUCAAGGAGAAGCCUCUGCCCUGUGAGCCGGAGCUGAUGCCCACGUUCCCUCACCACCGCAACAAGAGAGCAGCUCCUCCAGCAGAGGGCCACGCCAAGAGGAGCAAGGUGUGACGAGGUGGACCUUCAGACUUGAGCCUGGUGUUACUGAACCAACCAGCUGGAGUCACUGCUGGACCCAGAUGGUCCAGAACGCUGAACUUAAUGCAGAUGUUUGAGGUUUUCUAAACGCUGCAGGUCUGAUGGAGGCGAUGUGUGCAGAACCGUGGACUGUAGAAACUGUGCAGAGAAGAAGAACCACUGGAGGCUGGAGCUUGUUGGUGUUCUGAACAUGAACAAAGCUCUGGUGGUUACACAUCCUGAACAAGAUGUGAUCACAUGACAGGAGAACAUCUGGUAGCUACAAACAUGGAUCUCAUGAUGGAGCCAUGUCUCAGAGAAACGCUGAGACAGUCUAAAAACAUCUUCAUUAUGUCAGAACGAUAACUGAUGAUUACCAGAAAAGAUCUCAAAUGUUUGUCUCAUAGUUAUAAACUCUGAUCUGGUUUUAUCACAAAAACAAACAAACGACCUUAUAGGUUGAGUUUCUGUCACAUGAUUAUAAACUCUGAUCUUAUUUAUGUAGAAACAUCCUGCAAAAAGAUUAAUGACCAUUAAAAACAUCUCAUUCAUGGAGAAA